GAAAUGCAGGAAUGUCUGACGCAACUCUUGUCUUGUAAAACCGUCAUCUAUGUCACACACCAGCUGGAAUUCCUGGAUGCUGCUGACCUUAUACUGGUUAUGAAGGAUGGAAAGAUCGUACAGUCUGGGAAGUACGAAGAGUUAAUAGCCAGUGUUGAUGGUGAGCUCGUGCGACUAAUUGCAGCACAUAAGAAGUCACUAAACCAAGUUAUUCCGCAUAUGGAGCAUAACCUUGCAGCAAUAAAACCAUAUAGGAAAAUUGAUUUUGAGUUAACUGAAGAGAAACCUAUCAAUCAGAUAAGAAAUAGUGAAUCCUUGUACCGUACUCAUGAGGAAGAGAGGGAAUCUGGACGGGUUAAAUAUAGCAUUUACCGCACAUUUGUGACUUCAUCAUAUAAGGGAGCACUAGUUCCAGUAAUUCUGUUUUGUCAAAUUCUCUUCCAGGGACUGCAGAUGGCCAGCAAUUACUGGAUUGCCUGGGCAACCGAAAAGAAUGAUAGAAUAAGCAGGGGAAAGUUGAUAGGAAUAUUUGUUCUACUGUCUGCAGGUAGCUCUCUUUUUAUGCUGGGGAGGGCAGUGUUACUGGCAACAAUAGCAAUUGAGACGGCACAAUGUAUUUUCCUUAAAAUGACUACAAAACUUUUCCGGGCUCCCAUCUUCUUUUUCGAUUCAACGCCUACAAGUCGAAUCAUUAAUAGGACUUCUACAGACCAAAGUAUACUGGAUACAGACAUUCCAUACAGACUAGCUGGAUUGGUAUUUGCGCUUGUGCAGCUCAUUUGCAUCAUAAUUCUAAUGUGCCAAGUUUCCUGGACAGUAUUCAUUCUUUUUAUUAUUGUACUUGCUGUCUCCGUGUGGUACCAA